GAAAAAAGAACUACAUUUCCCAGCAGGCAAUGCGGCUCCACGCGUGUUCUUGUACUGUUGUGGAAGAAUUGCAGCAAAGAUGUCUGUGUUCAUGGAUUUAAAUUUGAGUUAUACAGAGGACAAGAGCAGCCUCCAGAGACUGAUAGAGACCGCGGCUCAGCUCGGUUAUUCCACAGUGGCCAUCAACUACACAUUUGAACUGACCAAAAAGAAAAAGGAAGUGCCCAAACCCGCACAAAUCAAAGAGCUGUUUGAGCAGCUGCCCAUCGUUCAGGGUCGCUCUCGCCCAAUCAGAGUGCUGAACAGGCUGACGGUGGUGAUGUCAGAGUCCAGUCACUUUAGAUCAACGGCCCCCGAGUAUCGACACUUUGACAUUUUGGCGUUGCAGCCGACAUCAGAGAAGUUGUUCCACGCGGCGUGUAUGACCUACGAUGUUGACAUCAUCUGCGUCAUCGUCACAGAGAAGCUGCCCUUCCACUUUAAAAGAGGCUCAGUCAACGGAGCCAUCGACCGAGGCGUGAUGUUUGAGAUCUCGUACGCCGCUGCCAUCAGGGACUCCACCAUGAGGCGCUACACCAUCGCUAACGCUGUCAAUCUGGUUGAGCGCAGCAAGGGGAAGGGCAUGAUCAUCUCCAGUGCAGCAGAGAGGGCUCUGGAGCUCAGAGGUCCCUAUGACAUCACCAACCUAGCUCUGUUGUUCGGUCUCACAGACCAAACUGCUAAAGAAGCCGUGUCCUCCACCUGUCACUCUGUGGUUCGACACGCAGAAACCAGACGAACAGGCAGCGGCAUCGUUUGCACCACGAAGGUCUGCACCGAGACUAGUGACCAGCAGGGGGCUCCAGUUGAUGCCGACACCUGUGAAGCUCCUGCUGCCAAGAAACACAAAACUGCUGCGUCUGAGGGAGUGACAGCUGAGGAGGGCGGGGCUAAGGCGACCUCUGCACUAUGAUUGGUGGUUGAUGGCCAUUUUUCAGUUAAGAGCUAAAAGUUAAUGGUUCUGUUUUGAUAUUAUCCCCAAUUAGGAGGUAAAUAAAAAAUCAGUUUGUAGAUAAUUAAAAAACAUUUUUUGUAAUAAAAAUUAAGUUUCAAACAAAACAAACGUUUCAGUCAAAAACUUUUAUUUUGAAAUCAGUCCAAUGUGCAAGAGCUGCCACAUUAGUGGAUGCAGUCAGAGAAUGUGAUGAAGUCAUCAAAAUACAGGAGUUUUUUUUUUUUAUUCAGUCAAAUCACAAAAGUGAAUCAAAAAAUAAAUCU